AUGAAGACGAUGAUUGAUAUAGGUGCAAAUCGCACUUUUAUUUCUAUUAAAGCAUUACAUCUAUCAUAUAAAAAACAAUCUAUUAAUAAAUUAUCUAGUCGUGUAAUUUUAGCUGAUGGUUAUACAUCUAUUUCUAUUAUUGGUACAGUACAUUUAUCUAUUAACAUGGAUGAUAUGUUAACUACUAUUAAAGCAUUUAUUGUUAAACAAUUAUGUGUUGAUUGUAUAUAUGUUAACAAGCAUUGUAUUAAUUAUCCAGCACGUUUAAUCAAACAUAUUCGAAUUCCCCCAAAACGAACAGUGUCAGUUCCCGUCUCUGUUGCAUUAUUCUCAGUUCAAGUAUUAUUUCGUCCCUCUUUUCAAUUACAACAACGAUCACCUAUAAUUAUGCUAAAUUCUUCAUUAAAUAUUCAUCGUCAUACAUCGUUUAUUUCACUUCAUAAUCCAACAAAUGAAGUUCAUUUAUUACCUAAAGGUAUAAUAUUGGGUACAACUACUAUUCCUACUUUAUCUUUUAAAAAAGAUCCGGAAAUAGAUUAUUCAUUAGCACAGAAAAAUAUAUGCAAUUUAAUUAAACCUAUUACUAAUUCUGAACAACAAGACAAAGUUAAACGUAUUCUUGAUAAACCCGUCAAAUUAUUUGAUACAACUAAACCUACAAUUGUUAUUAAUGUAAAAUCACAUGUAAUUAAAACUCUUGAUUAUCCACCACCAUCAUCCAAACCAUAUUAUUCUACUCCAGCUAAACAAGAUGCAAUGUAUAAGAUUACUCAAGAAUUACUUCAGUUUGAAUUAAUUCGUCCAUCUUAUUCUCCUUAUGCAGCACCCGCAUUGUUAGCAGCUAAACAUGAUGGUUCAUGGCGAAUGGUAGUUGAUUAUAAAAAAUUAAAUAAUAUUACCAUUAAAGAUAAUCAUCCAUUGCCAAAUAUGGAACAAACCAUUGAAGUCUUAAGCAAUGGUUAUCAAUUCUUUUCGAAAUUUGAUAUGAAAAGUGGAUUUUGGCAGAUUCCAGUUGAAGAAGAAGAUCGACACAAAACCGCAUUCAUAACACCUGAAGGUCUUUAUGAAUGGAACGUUUUAGCACAAGGUUUAAAGAACAGCCCACCAUCAUUCCAACGUGUUAUGGCAAAUAUAUUAUCUCCGUGUCAUCCAUUCGCAUUGGUUUAUAUUGACGUGUUAUCAAUUUUAUUGCAACAUAAUUUCCAACUUAAUCCCUCUAAGUACAGUAUGUUUCGCCAACAAAUUGAUUAUUUAUCCCAUACAAUAUCGAAACAAGGUGUUACACCUACUAAUGAAAAAAUUCAAGCAAUUAUUAAACUACGAGAAGCUUCCACAUUAGCGGAAGCAAAUAAGUUCCUGGGUGCCAUUUCAUGGUACCGUCAAAAUAAUUGUUUAGCGGAUUAUUUAUCUCGUCAUCCAAUACAACCUAAUGAACAAAUUUUCGAUGAGGAUUAUGAUAUUAGUAUGUUAUUUCAAGGGGAACCACCAGCAAAGGUGUCUGUUCCUGUUAACAAUUCUCAAUUUAUUGGUGCUGUUAUAACACGUUCAAAGGCAAAACAGAUACAGCAAUAA